AGCUAGUUGUGCUUUUUCAGCUCAGACUAGCGCUGAGGCGUCACAGGGAAGCAGGUUGUUGAACCAUAUUUUAGCUGUUGUCAGAAACGCAAGCAUUUUAUCACGGGAACUUCCAAGAUCACAAAAAAGAAGUAGUUUUAACGUGUUUUCUGCCUGUGUCCAUCUCGGAAAACAAAGUGUAGUUAGCUACUUGGCAAGUCGUAAGCUCAGUGUUAGCGUGUGACGUUGUUCGUUAAAACAACUUCGCCACAGCCGAAUUUCACCGCCUGUUUUAUGUUUUCGCCACUCCGAAAACAUGUUGGACGGAUCUCCUGCGAACGGUGACGAAGCCAAUAUCGGCAACGUUGAAAACAACAACCCGAUACCGAGCUGUCAAACAAAGCAAGCGCUGCUGAAGAAAGGAGGGAGAAAACCGGUGCUGCAUCACCAGAAACCCCCGAGACACCACCCGAACAUCCGGCUGUCCGACAACAACAACAACAACUCCCUGACGGCCUCAUCGGUGCACAGAGCUGCGGUUCAGUCCGCGGCUCUCCUGCCUGCUGGGAACCAGACGGUGCUGAACCUCCAUCAUGUCAAACAAGGAGCCAAAAAAGAGGUGCUGAAAUCGAAAGUUGUUCAGCCUCCCAGACACCUGCCUAGACAUGAUCAGAUCACCCACAAUGUGAACACCAGGAGCCACAAACCCAAGCAGAGCCAAUCACCUGCUGCUUCCCCCUCUGCAAAAAAGAAUGAUAACCGCACUCCUAAGAAGCCUUCGUCUUCUCUCCUGUCUCCGCCUCAAGAGCAGAAGAAACCCCUCAAUGCCUCAGACAACACGAAGAUCCCAAACAGUCCCUGUGCUGAAGCUGAAUACCUCAAAGAUUGUGAAAAGAUCUACGCUGGAGCCAAGUUCAGUGAGCCCCCGUCACCCAGUGUCUUACCCAAACCGCCUAGCCACUGGGUCGGGGAUCACGAGCCUCAGAAGAGCAACCAAAGUCGGGAACAAAUGACUGUCCACCUGAAGUCGCUCCUCAAGGUUCAAGAUGUAGCCACAAUGUGAAGAGUCUAAUUGGAGCUGACCUCCACAGCAUGUGGUUUGCAUUUUGGCAAUCGGAAGUUGAAAGACAUUUACCCAUUUUGGCCUUUAACACUGCAAUAUAAUGUGGCAGGUUUUUAUCCUUAUGUACAGUUUUCCAUUUAAACACGCUGCCUGUAGAUGUAAAACGCCUUGGACAGGUCGUGUUGCUGUUUGAUGACUUGCUGACAUGUUGCGUGUGUCAGGGGCCCACAGCAGGUUUGCACGUGAAAAGAAGAUUUGUGUUUUUGUUACUGAAUCUGCAAAGAAAGUGUUUUUCUCUUAUUUUUACCAAGCAGCAACACAGCCCCUGUUUCAUGUUUACAUUAUGCAAAGUGAGGCACUUUGUUCCACCUUGAAACGGCAGCCAUGUUUGACUUUUAAAGAGCUUAUGUGAAAUGUACAUAAUAUAUUGUAAACAUGGUUGUGUAUAUUUUCCUGUUGUUUUAAUUGAGAUUCUAGUUUUAUUACUAAGGACUUUCCGAUAAACAAAACGGCCCCUGCAAACUGAAGCACUUUGUUAAAGCUCCUUCAGUGUGAGACAGGAUGGAUGUAAGAGUGUUUUUAUGGAUUUGCACUGAAAAUGAACUAGAGGAAGGAAAGCUAACUGAUGUCCCAAAGCCCGACCAGCCACUUUGACCAAUCCACCAGCCAACUUCCACCUCCCGACUGGUUCUUUGUGAAAUGGCUUGGAUGGCAGACGUAACGACUAAAAGCCAUAGCCACGAUGUGAGCUGAGGUUUUUUUUUUUUUUUUUUCCUUUCUCUGAACCCGGGUCCAAAACGAUGGAGUGUCACAUGAGCCACUAUGAGCAAAGGAGACUGGACCCUCAGUGAACUGACACGAUGUAAAACCAUCUCACUCCGGCUGAAGAAAGCUACAAUCCAGCUUCUGCACAAAGUGCUUGUUAGAUUUGUUUUGCACUGAAUUUAGGGUGUGUUCACAUGAAACGUGGAUAGAUUUAAGAACUUUUCUUUGUGGCCUUACUGCAAGGUAUUUUACGUGUCAUAUAAUCAUUUACUGCUGUUUUAAGUUCCAGCUUUGUCAUCAGAUGCUUGUUUAACCAACCAACAAAAAAAGAGCUGCAGUUCUAGCCUCUACGGAGUUAUAAAUCUGACAGAAAAAUAUAUUUUACCCAUUUAACUCUUGAGUUUAGUUUAUGAAAUGGUGUUUUGUUGGAUCUCGACAACCCAUUUUAUAAAUAAAAUUAAACAUUCCAGUGUUGGUCACCAUCAUAAAACAACAAAAGCAACUGUAAAGCUCAGGUUGAUGGAAAAUAUUGACACUUUUUUUAAGUACUUGAGUGUAGAAAAACAAUGGUUUUGGUAUCCCAGUAAUCGUGAUCAUUUUUCGCUCUGGUUUUUACAAACUAUUCCAGAUUCAUGUGUUUACAGUCUGACUCUGAACGCGGAUUUGGUUUCAUUCAUUCGUAUACCUCCUUCUUCUCCUCUAUAAUGUGCAUUAAUGUUUACUGAGGGUACGUGUGUCGUUUUACUCGGAUCAUUUGUCGUCCUAUUAUGUACCGUGAGUUUUUUCUUUUCGAUGGUUGUUUUGACGGUGGAUGCAGGCAGCUGCUGGUUCUAUUUUUGACCUCUGUGAUGUUGUCAGUCCAAUGGAAAAUUGUAUUAAUGUAGCACACUUAACAUUUUAUUGCAGUGUUUGACGAUCAUUUCAUUCCAGUAUUAUCCUUCGUGGCCCAAUUAGGAAAACAAAAGUUUUACAAAAAAUAAAAAUGGAUAUUUAAAUUGAAAAUAUUAAAAAUUGGUUACCCCCUAA